GUGAUCACUCAAAUCGAAAAUGAAGUUAAUGCAGAACUGCGCAAAGUACAUGAUGUGGAUAUUAUAGAACUUGAAUUGCCACGUAUAAAGGCCGAGGGCAAGAAACGUGAUAAAAUUUUUGAAACGAUCCAUAAUAUUUUUAAUGCUGAAAUUGUUGACAAUAAAUUAUUCAUCAAAGUGGAAGUACAUAAGAAAGUGGUGUAUUCGCUUGAUCAACAACUUCCAACUUGGUGGAAUCAGAUUGAUUAUCGACCUGACGUAGGUGGUUGGAACCCUAAACCAGCACUUAAUCAAAGAGUUUUUCCUAUAAUUAAUCCAUGUGACCUACUGUAUGAUAAUUCUGGGGAUUGUGAUAAUGCUAUAAAUAAAGUCGCACGCGUUCAACCCCACUGUCCGACCACAGAAUUUGUAAUCGUCGUUGUUCCGGCUACUGAAACCCCCCUUCCAGCAAAUUCAAAUCCAGGCACCGGUUCAGUUGCGGCAACACCCAAAACGGCUCGUCCAUCUCGUGCUCCAUAUCUUGGACAUUUGUCCGCGGGAAAUAUUAUUACUGCAAUUCAAUGGUACAAGAUAAAAUGGAAUAGGCAUCUUGUAUUAGGAUGUGGAGCGAAUAUAGUUUUUAAUGAUAUACUUGAAGUCUAUACAUAA